AUGGAGAAUGGCCGGGUCUCCACGUCACUGGACAAGGAGGAACCCACUACAGUGGCUAAGAAAACUGAUAUGUGUAAGAAGCAGAAGGUGUUUAAAACUGAAUUGCAGCAUUCUGAUCAUUUAUUGGACAUUAGACUGGAAUCCUGGACCACUCCUGAGGCCAUACAUAGGCCCACUAUAGCUGCUUCCUUGCCUGCUAAGGCUAUAGAAGCCUGGGUACAGGCACUUGAGGAAGAGCUGCAUGCGGAUAUCUCUGAGGAAGGUCAGAACUCAUUAAAACUGCUUCUUAUUACAUUCAGGAAGCAUCAGCUGAGGCUGGGUCUUCUUCCAAAGGUGAAACGUGUUAAGAACAAGCCUAGUCAUGUUGGACACCACAGGAAAAAAAAUCUAAAUAUCAAUAGACAUAAAUCUUGGUCCUGCUCUGAAUGUGGAAAAUGUCUUUCUAGUAAGGCAUCGCUUAGUAUGCACCAGAGAACUCACACAGGCGAGAAGCCAUUUCCAUGCUCAGAGUGUGACAAAUGCUUCACAUUCAAAUCAGCUCUUGUUAGACAUCAGAGAACUCACACAGGCGAGAAGCCAUUUCCAUGUUCAGAAUGUGGGAAAUGUUUUCCACAGAAAUCAUGUCUUGUUACACAUCAGAGAAAUCACACAGGAGAGAAGCUAUUUCCAUGUUCUGAAUGUGGGAAAUGUUUUCCACAGAAAUCAUGUCUUGUUACACAUCAGAGAAAUCACACAGGAGAGAAGCCAUUUCCAUGUUCUGAAUGUGGGAAAUGUUUUCCACAGAAAUUAUCUCUUGUUAGACAUCAAAUAACUCACACAGGCGAGAAGCCAUUUCCAUGUUCUGAGUGUGGGAAAUGUUUUUACCGUAGCUCACAUCUGAUAAGACAUCAUAAGAUUCACAUCUCCAAUGACCUGUCUUGGGUGUUCAUUGAACUAUUGAUGACAAUAAAGUAUUAUUAUUAUAUAGGUGAUAGGCCAUUAUCCUGCUCUGAGUGUGGGAAAUGUUUUACAUGGAAAUCAGAUCUUGUUAUACAUGAGAGAGUUCACACAGGUGAGAGACCAUAUCCAUGCUCUGAGUGUGGGAAAUGUUUUAAAGCGAAAGCACAACUUACUUUGCAUCAGAGAAGUCACACAGGUGAGAGACCAGCUAGAUGUUCUGAGUGUGGGAAAUGUUUUGCACAGAAUUCUGAUCUUGUUAGACAUCAGAGAAGUCACACAGGUGAGAAACCAUUUCCAUGCCCUGAGUGUGGGAAAAGUUUUAUACAGAAAUCAGGUCUUGUUACACAUCAGAGAAGUCACACAGGUGAGAGGCCAUUUCCAUGUUCUGAGUGUGGAAAAUGUUUUGACAGUAGCUCACAUCUGAAAAGACAUCAGAAGAGCCACACAGGAAAGAAGCCAUUUUCCUGCUCUGAGUGUGGGAAAUGUUUUACCAUUAGCACAAGUCUGAAAACACAUCAAAAGAUACAUACAGAGCAGAAACCAUGUUCUGGCUCCAAAAGUGGGAAAAGUUUCAGUCCUAAGUCAAAUCAGAAAGUAUAUAAAACAAGUCACGCAGGAGAAAAACUAUAAUAUUGUUCUGAAUGUUGUAAAUGGUUUUCCUUUAUCUCAGAAGAGUUUUGGAAAAUCUACACAGGAGAGAAGCCAAUGGGGGUAAUUCAGAUCUGAUCGCUGGGCUGCUUUUAUUGGUGUCCAGCAUUCAGAUAGUCGCUGCCUACAGGGGGAGUGUAUUUUUGCCGUGCAAGUGUGCAAUCGCAUGUGUACGCCGAGCUGCUAAAAUUCAGUGUGUGCAGUCUGUACGCAGCCCAGGACUUACUUAUCCAUUGCGAUCACAUCAGGCUGAUCGGAGCCAGAGCUGAUGUCAGACGCCCUCCCUGAAAACGCAUGGGCACGCCUGCGUUUUUCCAAACACUCCCAGAACACGGUCAGUUGCCACCCACAAACGGCUUCCUCCUGUCACUCACCUUACGUACGGAUUUUUCGCACCAAUCCGCCGCUGACCAGCGAUGCCCUUUGUUGUUGUCCGACGCGCAUGUGCAUUGCGGUGCAUACACACGCGCAUUUACUACCUGAUCGCCCGCUGUGCGAUAACGCACAGCCGCCAUCAGAUCUCAAUUACCCCCAAUAUCCUUAUUCUGAACAUUAAAAAAUCUUUACAACCUAAUACAGACAUUGGUCUGAAAAACCAAAGACAGAGCUGAUCUAAUCUGCAGCCUUCCCGUCAUUUUAUAACAUUGGGAACCAUUAAACCAUAAUAAUCAGAGUUACUAACAGCCUCCCAGGACCUGGAACGCCAAGAGGAGCUGUUUGGCAGGACUACAGCAACAAUGUAUAAGGACCCAUCUGUAUUAUGUAUAGGUUCCUUUAGGGGCCCAUUUGGGCAGAGUAGCCACUCCUUGGUAUAGGGAGGAAGUAUUUGCCCAGUGGAGUCCCAGAGGAUUUUAGGUUUCCUGCUGUGUCCAACUGUUCAAACGUGGGAGCCCGGCACAGUUACCGGUAUGGCUCCAUUAUGUGAAGUUUCAUCUUUAAGCAAGACGGCCGGAGCACCGAGGUUCUGGAUGAACUCUUACUUUUUUUUUUUAAGUGGCAAUCAUUUGCAGUCUGGUUUUGCCUUGUAAAUGACUGCUGCUUUUAAAAAAAAAAUCACGUUCGGCCGGAAUCUCGGAGCUCCGGCCGUCUCUAACUGCAUUACAUCUAGCCCGUAGUGUGUGAACAAACAGUAUCUGCAUUUGUAGUUCUUACAUACUCAUGCAGAUGAUAAAACGUAUGAUAUUCUCCUGCAGAAUGCGAGAAAGGUUUUACUUACAGCUCAUCUCUCGUUAUACGUCAUAACCCAUAUUAAUUUUCCUAGUGGGCAGAAAGUAACCUAUGGACAUAUGAGAGACCACACAGGUAGCGGGCAUGUUCCUUACUAUAGAGAUAACCCAUAUUCAUGUUCCUAGUGGGCAGAAAGUAACCUAUGGACGUAUGAGAGACCCCACAGGUAGCGGGCGUGUUCCUUACUACAGAGAGUACCCAUAUUCAUGUUCCUAGUGGGGAAUGUCCUGUGGGCAGAAAGUAACCUAUGGAUGUAUGGGAGACCCCACAGUUAGCGGGCGUGUUCCUUACUACAGAGAGAACCCAAAUUCAUGUUCCUAGUGGAUAAUGUCCUGUGGGCAGAAAGUUACCUUUGGAUGUAUGAGAGACCCCACAGGUAGCGGGCGUGUUCCUUCCUAUAGAGAGAACCCAUAUUCAUGUUCCUAGUGAAGAAUAUCCUGUUGGCAGAAAGUAAUCUAUGGAUGUAUGGGAGACCCCACAGGUAGCGGGCGUGUUCCUUACUACAGAGAGUACCCAUAUUCAUGUUCCUAGUGGGGAAUGUCUUGUGGGAAGAAAGUAACCUAUGGAUGUAUGGGAGACCCCACAGGUAGUGGGCAUGUUCCUUACUACAGAGAGAACCCAUAUUCAUGUUCCUAGUGGAGAAUGUCCUGUAGGCAGAAAUUAACCUAUGGAUGUAUGAGAGACCCCACAGGUAGCGGGCGUGUUCCUUACUAUAGAGAUAACCCAUAUUCAUGUUCCUAGUGGAGAAUGUCCUGUGGCAGAAAGUAAUCUAUGGAUGUAUGGGAGACCCCACAGGUAGUGGGCGUGUUCCUUACUACAGAGAUAACCCAUAUUCAUGUUCCUAGUGGAGAAUGUACUGUGGGCAGAAAGUAACCUAUGGAUGUAUGAGAGACCCCACAGGUAGCAGGUGUGUUCCUUACUAUAGAGAUAACCCAUAUUCAUGUUCCUAGUAGAGAAUGUCCUGUGGGCAGAAAGUAGCCUAUGGAUGUAUGCGAGAUCCACAGGUAGCGGGCGUGUUCCAUACUAUAGAGAUAACCCAUAUUCAUGUUCCUAGUGGAGAAUGUCCUGUGGGCAGAAAGUAACCUAUGGAUGUAUGAGAGACCCCACAGGUAGCGGGCGUGUGCCUUACUAUAGAGAAAACCCAUAUUCAUGUUCCUAGUGGGGAAUGUCCUGUGGGCAGAAAGUGACCUAUGGAUGUAUGAGAGACCGCACAGGCAGCGGGCAUGUUCCUUAGUAUAGACAGUUCUACUUGCUUUGCCAAGUAAUUAUACAGUGAGUAGAAACUUUUAAUUUACGCUGUUUUUUCCUGAUUACGUUUAUUUGUAAGAAUAAUUGCUGUGCAAUUUGGUGUAUACCUUAUAAACUGCAUGUAGUGUCUGCUUCAUUUCUGUCAUUGUUACCAGGUCUGAAAUUAAUGAGAAACUAGUUAUAAUUUACAAGCUUGCCCAACCCAGGGUGUAGCUAUUGCAGCACCUUUAUUUUAUACUCCCUUAAAUACUCCUAUAAUUCUUAUAACCUUAUAAACCUUUUAAAAAUUUGCCAAAAUAUUGACAUCUUCACGGCUGCGGUGAAGCCACGAUAAGCGUGGCAUCAUCUAUAUAUAUAUAUAUAUAUAUAUAUAUAUAGAGAGAGAGUACACACACACAUACAUACUGUAUAUGUAAUCUCAUGUGCCAGAAAACCUUAAAGACACCUGUCUGGUAACACGUUGGUCCUCCUCUCAGUCAGAUAGGUCCUCCAGGGUUUACAGCAGUAACACAUCCCUGAAGAAGGUCAUUGAACAAAACGCAUUGUAUGGUUCUGUAUUGCAUUCAAUGGACGUGCAUUGACUUUCCUGGACCUUAAUGAUGUGUUAUUGAUAUGUGCACUGAUGUAUUAUUUCUUUUAAUGUACGUUUUUUUAAUCCUUUUUUAUCUAAUAAAUUUACAGUAACACACUUUGAUAGCCUCUUGUGUUUGUUGGUGUUGGGAAUUGAUUGCACUUGUUUGAAGAUACUAACAAUCUAAUUUCAUCGAAGGAUGGUCCAUUGAUGGUGGAAUAAAAGAUAUUAGAUAAGCCUUGCUUUCAGUGGAUUUCAGUGGGCAUGCCUGGGAGGCAAUGAAGGUGACUAGCCAGAUAGUGGAACGCUGCAGAUAGUGUCUGCAUCUAAAAAUACACAACCACUCCGAUAUUUGCUGAUCGGCCAGAUAGCUGUAAUGCUGGAUUGCCUGUGGCUGCAGAAGUUCACCACCUCUCCCGGAUAGAUGUAUUGGCAGGGUGAAUAGUGGACGGUAAUCAAUGCUCUCAGCUUCCCGUGAUGGUAUACCAGUAUAAAUUUUCAGGAGUGCAAAUAUCGGAGCCCGCAGUGAGCAUAUCCUGGCUGAGAGCCUGCAGUUCCACCUAUAAGGAUAUCCCAUCCCGGCGCACAUCACACGGGGCGGUGACGGCCUCACCACCGAGUGAAGAAAAGGGAAGGAUACGUCAGCCCAGCAGGGAGAAUCAGUGGUAACUAUUUAUACUGCUUUCAGUUUCACACUGAACUGUUUCCAAUACAGCCGGGACGCCGGUAUACAAAUUAACAACUCCGUGUGUGGACCCAGUAUUAAAAGACUGCCUAUUACUGUGUUACACACUGUUUAUUCAGGACUUCAGCAUAUAUUUAUCUAAAGUGUCACCAAGACAGUUAUUUAAUCAACCUCACAUAUUUUAUGCUAAUUAGGGAUAUUCCCUUGUUCAAACUGGCCAUAUGCAUAUUUGAUAGGUAUUAUUGU